UAAUUUCCCUAUCCGUCCAGUUUUUGUGACGUUCGGUAGCUUUUGUCGCCUCACACAUGCGCACUAGCAGUACUAAAGGAAGUGAAUUUGCUAAACGCAUUGUCAUUUCGUUGAAGAGAGAGAAGUAUUAUUAUUAUCACUAGCACCAUGAAUACUAAAGCACUUGGGUCUCAGCUUAAGGACAGCAUCCCGAUUGGUGAGCUUUCUACUCAGUAUGGUGGUUAUGGAAUUCAAGAUACUCUUCGUACAGGGUUUACAAGUGUGCAGAAUGAACUUCUACCAAGCCAUUCUUUAGAGUUGAGUGAAAAGAAUUUUCAGAUAAACCAAGAGAAGGUCAACUUUUCUACCGUAAGAAAUAUUCAAGGUUUGCAUGCACCCCUGAAACUGCAAAUGGAGUUCAAAGCUGUCAAGCAGGUACAACGUCUCCCAUUUCUUCAGAGCUCUAACAUAGCAUUGGAUUCGCUGAGAGGGAAUGAUGACUCUAUUGGAUUUGAAGAUAUUUUAAAUGAUCCUUCACAGUGCGAACUUAUGGGAGAGCCUCACAUGAUGAUGGAAUAUAAACUGGGUUUAUUGUAAUAUCUGUAAAAAGAAAAUAAUAAAUACAAAUUAGGGAAUUAUUUUGUAAUGGUCUAAGAUACUUGGUUUGAAAUUAUUCUUUGUACUGUAUGAUCAAGUUAUCCAUACUUCCUUUUCCCAGUAUGACAUUUUACUUAUUUUGUGUGUUGUAAAAACAAAUGCAAACAUAUCAUCUGCUGCCAAACACAUUAAAAAGAUUCUACAAAAACGGAAAAA